GUCUUAUAGACUCGAGUUUGUUAUGUGGUUUCCAUAGUUUCGUUCUCGUUGGGCUGGUCCUCGUCAGAAAUACAUAAUAUUAAAUUAUUUUUAAUGGUGUCAUGUCAUCAGGCAUCUGAUUGAUUCAAUUUUGCUCUUUAAUACGUUCAUUGAUAUAAAAACUUUAAGCAUUAGACUAUGGAGAAAUUAUCUGACGUGGUCUGCAAAUCGUUCACUGAAAACUCGCCCUAUGUUCAGCCGUAUCAUAUGUUUUUUGUUCAGGAUGGUCGAAAGAGAAGAUGGGAUCUUUUGAAAAUUCAUGACAGUGUGGCUAUUCUAAUUUUCAAUGUUACUCGCCAAGUCUUGGUAUUGGUGAAACAAUUUCGCCCAGCUGUGUACUUGUCAAAUAUCCAAGACGAAGACAAAGUAUUGGAAAAGCACAUUGACACUUCAAAAUAUCCUGCUGAACUGGGUCUGACCAUUGAGCUGUGUGCAGGCAUUGUCGACAAAAAUAAGACCCUUGAAGAGAUUGCAUGUGAAGAGGUGGAUGAGGAGUGUGGGUACACUGUUCAACCAGCCGACUUGCAAAAGAUAGUUUGCUACAGGUCUGGUGUUGGAGUAUCUGGUGAUAAGCAGACCGUUUAUUAUGUUGAGGUCACUGACGAGAUGAGAACUUCAAAAGGUGGAGGAAACCUGGACGAAGGUGAGCUGAUUGAAGUCAUUGAGAUGAGCAUAGAAGAAGCCAAAAAGUACAUGAAGAGAGAAGAUGUCCUUAGUCCUGGUGGUUUCCUCUUUGCUCUGACUUGGUUCUUUAAUAUGAAAAACAUCAAAUGAGACAUUUUGAUGCACUUAAAAUAUACUCACAAUUCACAAA